AUGUCAGGCUACUUGCUGAUGCCUCUCCGGCGUCGGCCCUGGACCUGUCGGGCAUGCCUACAGCGACUUCAACAGCAGACGCGACGAUCCCUGGAGACGGCGGCGGUGUCUCCUGCGUCCCCUGGUAAUAGUCUCGACUACACACGUGCAGGAAAUGCAACACAGAGGAAAGCGACCGACGACGACACCCUGCGCCGUGUCUUCGACUCGCCGCCCUUUUGGAGAGAGUUUUCGCAGCGCCGAGCGGCCCAAGCCCAGCCUACAGGUCUGGUGCAGAACCAGUACCUGACGAGUCCCGAUGGGUUUCGGACUUUUGCCCAUGUCUCGCUACAGAAAUGUCAAGCGAUUGUGUCCAAGGUGCUGUCCGCGUCGACAUUGGAGGAGUAUCGGGAUAUGGCUGGAGAUCUAGAUCGGCUGAGUGACCUACUGUGCCGAGUCAUCGACUUAUCCGAUUUCAUCCGCGCCAUCCACCCGGACCCUCGGGUGCAGGAAGCGGCGACGCAGGCGUAUGCGCUAAUGUUCGAAUACAUGAAUGUACUCAAUACUACGACAGGACUGAACGACCAGCUCAAGAAAGCGGCUGCCAAUCCCGAAGUGACGGCACAAUGGUCCGAAGAGGAGAAGAUCGUGGCACAGAUCCUAAUCAAGGAUUUUUCGAACUCAGCCAUUCAUAUGCCGCCCUAUGAACGACAGCGGUUUGUGAAUCUAUCAAAUGAGAUCAGUCAACUAGGGACGACAUUUGUUAACAGCGCCGAGCCGGCAAAAUCCCACGUUGUGGUCAGUGCCAACAGUCUCCGGGGCCUCGACCCCAUCCUGGUGCAACAGAUCAAACGGUGGAACCGCACGGCGGCGGUGCCAACCAUGGGGAUGAUCCCGCGUCUAGCGCUACGGUCGGUGCACGACGAGGCGGCACGGAAGGAGAUCUACUUGGCGACACGUACCUCCAGCAACCGGCAGAUCCAGCGGCUGGAACAGCUGCUGGCCAAACGGGCGGAGCUAGCGCAACUGUCGGGCUACGACAGCUUCGCACAUAUGACGCUGAGCGAUAAAAUGGCCAAGAGCCCUGAGGCGGUGUCGAAAUUCCUCACCACUCUGGUGGGGAGCAACCGCGAGUUCGUGCAGGAGGAGCUGUCACAUCUGCAGGCCAUGAAGAGCAACAAGGCCCUGCAGGCGUGGGAUCAUGCGUACUACGUCCAUCAGCGGAUCACGCAGUACUCACAAUCGCGACGGUCCCGGGAACUGAGUGCCGUGCCGGAGUUCUUCUCGCUGGGCACGGUGAUGCAGGGGCUGUCACGGCUGUUUGACCGCCUCUACGGCGUGCGCCUGGUGCCGCAGGAAACGGGUCCCGGCGAGACGUGGAACGCGGACGUGCGUCGGCUGGACGUGGUCGAUGAAGCGGAGCGGCACAUCGCGGUCAUCUACUGCGACCUGUUCUCGCGCCCCAACAAGCACCCCAACCCGGCGCAUUUCACGCUGCGGUGUUCGCGCGAGAUCUCGGCGGCUGAGGUGGCCGAGUGCACGGCCAUGGGCGGGUCGGCGCACCCCAACGACGGCAUGGCUACCGCGAUCGAGUCGAAGACCCUGCGCCAGCUGCCCACCAUUGCCCUGGUCUGCGACUUUGCUGAGCCUCCGACCAUCGGGACGGGUGGACCGCCAUCGCUUUUGAGCGAACACAGCGUGCGCACUCUCUUCCACGAGAUGGGCCACGCGCUGCACUCGAUCCUGGGCCAGACCCGACUGCAGUCGAUCUCAGGCACGCGAUGCGCCACCGACUUCGCGGAGCUGCCGUCGGUUCUGAUGGAGCGUUUCGCUACCGCCCCCGAUGUGCUGGCGCUGUACGCGCGGCACUGGCAGACGGACCAGCCGCUCUCGGCGGAUAUGAUGCGUCGUAUGGAGCAGGACCGCACAGCACACGCGACCAUCUACGGAGCGGUGGAGAAUGAGGCCCAGAUCCUGAUGGCCCUCGUUGACCAGGCCUACCACUCGCUCCCGGCAUCGUCGUCCCCGAUCUCCUCCACAGCGCUCUACCACCAGGUCUCGUCGGCACAUGCCAGUCUCCAGGACCCGGUGAGCUCGGCCACCUCGUGGCAAGGCUUCUUCGGUCACCUGUACGGCUAUGGGGCCACGUACUACAGCUACAUCUUCGACCGGGCCAUUGCUAACAAGAUCUGGGAGGACGUAUUCGGCGGCGGAACAGCUGCGGUAGACCGAGCGGCGGGCGAGCAGUACGCACGCGAGGUGCUUCGCUGGGGAGGAGGACGCAACGGAUGGGACUGCGUGGCGGGAGUGCUGGGCGAGGGGCAUGCGGCCAACGCGGCGGGCAGACUGGCGGAGGGCGGCGACGAAGCGAUGCGAGAAGUUGGCCGAUGGGGAUUGGGGCACGAUUCGUAG